CCCGCUCCACCCUCCCCUUUCCUGGCGCUCCUCCUACAUCGCCCCUUCCUACACUCCUCUCUCCCACUCCUUCUUUUUCCUCCCCACGUUUCCCUCUCCAUCCCCUGCGCUCCUCCCAGUCCCUCUUGCUCCUCCCACUCCCUCGUGCUGACGCUCCUCCCCCCCCCUCGUGCAUCCCUCCCUGCUAUCCUCGUGCUCCUCCCUCCCUCAUGCUCUCCCUCCUCUUCUUCCCGUGCUCCUCCCUCUCCCUCGUGCUGCCCUCUCCGCGCUCCUCCUCCCGCGGCAGCGAGCUGUCAGCCGGGCGGGCGGGCUCCGUCAUAUGACCGGCCGGCGGCCGCGGCGCCGCACCUUCCGUCCGCAGCAGCGGUCCCGCGCUCGCGCCUCUCCGGGCGGCCGCGCCCCCGUCGCCAUGGCCCCGCCGCGGCCGCCGUGGGCUGCGCGCUGAGCCGUCGGGUCCCGGAGCGUGGACGCCCCGGCCGCCGCGUGCAAGCCAUGGCCCCGACCCUGCUGCAGAAGCUCUUCAACAAAAGGGGCGGCGGAGCAGCGUCCGCCCAGGCCCGGGCGCCCAAGGAGGAGCCGGCCUUCAGUUGGUCGUGUUCAGAGUUUGACUUGAGUGACAUUCGCCUGCUAGUGUACCAGGACUGUGAGAGGAGAGGCAGACAAGUCAUGUUUGAUUCCAGAGCUGUUCAGAAGAUGGAAGAGGCGGCAGCUCAGAAAGCAGAGGAUGUGCCCAUUAAAAUGUCAGCCAGAUGCUGUCAGGAAAGCGGCAGUGCCGGCGGCAGCGCCGGCGGCAGCAGCUCUUCCCAUAGCUUUGGAGGAUCUUUACAGCACGCUAAGGAGCAGCUUCCAAAGUACCAGUACACGAGGCCAGCAUCUGAUGUCAACAUGCUUGGAGAAAUGAUGUUUGGCUCGGUCGCAAUGAGUUACAAAGGCUCCACCCUGAAGAUACACUACAUACGAUCUCCUCCACAGCUGAUGAUUAGUAAAGUCUUUUCUGCUAGAAUGGGGAGCUUCUGUGGGAGCACAAAUAACCUGCAGGACAGCUUCGAAUACAUCAGCCAAGAUCCUCAGGCUGGAAAACUGAACACAAAUCAGAGCAGUCUGGGUCCUUUUCGUACUGGAAGUAACCUAGGUCUGCUGCAGGCGUGCAGCGGCAGACUGCUGCAGGGGGUGUCUGAAGGAGGACCUCUCCGGCUCACCCGGAGCGCUUCUUUCUUUGCAGCACACAGCACACCUGUUGAUAUGCCAAGCAGAGGGCAGAAUGAAGACAGAGACAGCGGCAUUGCUCGAUCAGCUUCCCUGAGCAGCCUUUUGAUCACGCCCUUCCCGUCUCCGAGUUCCUCCUCCUCCUCCUCCAGCAGUUACCAGCGCCGCUGGCUUCGAAGUCAGACAACGAGUUUGGAAAAUGGCAUCUUUCCAAGGAGGUCAACUGACGAGACAUUUAGCUUGGCCGAAGAAACCUGUAGCUCUAAUCCAGCCAUUGUUAGACGGAAGAAGAUCGCCAUCAGCAUCAUCUUCUCCUUGUGUGAGAGAGAGGCAGCACAGCGCGAUUUCCAGGACUUCUUUUUCUCCCACUUCCCCCUGUUUGAAUCUCACAUGAACAGGCUGAAGAGUGCAAUUGAAAAGGCCAUGAUCUCCUGUAGGAAGAUCUCUGAAUCCAGUCUCCGGGUCCAGUUCUAUGUGAGCCGUCUGAUGGAAGCACUGGGGGAAUUCAGAGGGACUAUCUGGAACUUAUAUUCUGUUCCAAGGAUAGCUGAACCAGUAUGGCUUACCAUGAUGUCGAACACCUUGGAAAAAAACCAACUCUGCCAGCGCUUUCUCAAGGAAUUUAUACUUCUGAUUGAACAAGUCAACAAAAACCAGUUUUUUGCUGCCUUACUGACUGCGGUGUUAACCUACCACCUGGCCUGGGUACCAACCGUCAUGCCUGUUGACCACCCUCCCAUUAAAGCCUUCUCGGAGAAGCGUACCUCUCAGUCAGUGAACAUGCUGGCCAAAACACAUCCAUAUAAUCCUCUCUGGGCACAGCUGGGUGACCUUUAUGGAGCUAUAGGCUCUCCGGUGAGACUGACUCGCACCGUGGUGAUUGGGAAGCAGAAGGAUUUGGUCCAGCGCAUCCUUUAUGUUCUGACCUACUUUCUCCGUUGCUCUGAACUGCAAGAGAAUCAGCUGACCUGGAGUGGGAAUCCUAGUGAGGAUGACCAGGUUAUAAAUGGGAGCAAGAUUGUAACCGCCUUGGAAAAAGGAGAGGUGGAAGAGUCUGAGUAUGUGGUAGUUACAGUGAGCAGUGAGCCUGCUCUGGUACCACCAAUCCUACCACCAGGGACAACUGAGAGGGGGAGCCCUGAGCCUGCAGGAGUCGCCGAGAUCCCAGAAGGCAUCAGUCCUAGAGAACUGGGUCACAAACCUGAGAAAAACAGAUGCAAGAAGCCAGAGCAGAAUUCUGAGGCCAGUAGCAUGGGGUUCCAAGAGGCAGAACCCGACAGCUUGUGGGCACCUCAAGGGAUAUUCUGUGAGGACAAACAGAAUGACCAAGAGGCAGCCCAGGAUUGUUCUUCAAGACCUCCCAGCUGUGAGGUACCCAGGGUAAGAAGAAGGAUGGACCAACAAACCUUCACUGCAGAGCUGCAUGGGGAGAUGCUAAAGAAGCGAGCAGAGCGGUCAGCAGCCUGGCCCUGCCCUGACAGACAUUCCCAGGAGGAACCUCCUGCUGAAAAGGUCACUUUCCACAUUGGAAGCUCCCUCUCCCCAGAGUCUGACUUUGAAAGCCGCACUAAAAGAAUGGAGGAGCGGUUAAAGGCCUGUGGACAUUUCCAAGGGGCCAGUGCCUCUGCCAGGCCUAGCAUGGACACUGGCCUGAGUCAGGACCAGCAGGGCUCUGGGUGUUCCUUCAAAGCUGACUUUCAAAAGGACAUCACACCUCAGGACCACUCGUCAGGGGGAGAAGUCGUCUCCGAGGACAGAGGCCUCCGAGACAACAUGGCACAUGCUGUGGGACAACUUAGCCAAGUUGAUAGCCCCAUUGCACAUUCCGUUUGUGCAGCAGGAAGUGGCCAGAGACUGCCGGAACAGACUAGAGAUGUGCAAGUAAAGGGCGACAAAGGACCUUCAUCAGAGCCUGUUCCGAACAGAUGUAGACAGCAGGGUGGCCUGCUGAUUGCUGCAGAUGUCCCCUAUGGGGACGCCAGUGGUAAGGCCAACUACAGGAGUGAGGGAGACAUUCCCAGGAAUGAAAGCUUGGACAGUGCUCUGGGAGACAGCGAUGAUGAAGCGGGUGUUCUAGCCCUGCUAGAAGAACUAGGUCACAGUUGUGACAGGACUGAAGGGUCCUUGGAAGUGGAGCUGCCGCUGCCAAGGUCUCAGAGCACCAGCAAGCCAAAUGUUAGGAAUUUCGGCCGCUCACUUCUGGCAGGUUACUGCGCCACGUACAUGCCUGACCUGGUGCUGCAUGGAACCAGCAGUGAUGAGAAGCUGAAGCAGUGCCUAGCAGCUGAUCUGGUCCACACAGUGCAUCAUCCAGUGCUCGAUGAACCCAUAGCCGAAGCCGUCUGUAUCAUUGCAGACACCGACAAGUGGACUGUUCAGGUGGCCACCAGUCAGCGGAAGGUGACGGAUGCCGUGAAGCUGGGUCAGGACGUCUUGGUCUCUAGUCAGGUGUCCAGUUUACUGCAGUCCAUCCUACAGCUCUACAAGCUUCACCUCCCUGCUGAUUUUUGCAUCAUGCAUCUGGAAGACAGACUACAGGAGAUGUACCUUAAAAGUAAAAUGCUUUCAGAGUAUCUCCGGGGACACACACGUGUGCACGUGAAAGAGCUGAGUGUGGUGCUGGGGAUUGAAUCCAACGACCUGCCUCUGCUGACUGCCAUCGCCAGUACUCACUCUCCAUAUGUGGCGCAGAUCCUCUUAUAGCCAACCGCAGGACAGUUCUCACUGGAAGGAGGAAGCUCUCCGUGCCGGCCGCAGCGCGAGAACAGGGAGCAGUCGCCCCUCCCUCGUUGUUCCUGUGGCUGCUGCCUGGUGGCUGUUACUCGGGAGGCUUGGGAUUACUCCAUGCACCGGCAGUUCGUGAUCGUUCAGGAACUCUGAGCCAUGGUCUCCCAGGAAUCAAAAGAAAGUACCCUUUCUAGUGGGAGGGAAACAGAAGCGCCACGGUCAAACUAAACAGACGCCCCCACGCUCUUAGAAUACUGAGGGCUGACACUGGAGUCGGGGGUAACCAAUGCCUAGAACAUUCCAGUAGGAAAGUGUUUCCUGUUCAGGUAUGAGAGAGCAUGAAGGGUCGCUGUGAGAACGAGCUGUGGGUUCUAGGUCAGAGCUCUUCCAUGAACAAGGACCUGAAGAAAGCCACGUUGUGCUACUGUCAGCCUGGAGCUGCAGCAGCUACUGCUGGACAUCGGAUGUGGAAGAGGAUGGCCUGGUGAGAAGAGAGCUCUGGAGACCCACGGUUGACACUUCUCAGAGCCACAGGCAGGUCUGAGAGGGAUUGCUGGUGCAGUAAGCCCAAGAUUCCGUUUGGCACCCUGUUCUGUCAGGUGUUUUGGAGUACGUAGUCUGACACUGGGCACUUGUCUCUGUCUUUAGACCUUUUACCAAAGCUGUUUCCGUGAGCUCAAGCACUCUUCUGUGGCUGAGCUCCCCAGCCCAAGCCUCUUUCCUCCUAGCAGUCUGCCGAUGCGGCUGCCGGCUGGGGAGAGAACUUGCAGCAGCCCUGACAAGGACAGCAGGCAGCCCCAACAUUUAGAAGCAAUCCGUGCGUAAUCUCAGUUUUUACACGAUCAGUUCUGCACUUUUUAAUCCCUUUCAUAUUCUUUAAAAAAAAAUCUUUCCAGAAAUUAACUUGACCAUUUGUAAAACUUACCAAAGUGAAGACUGUAAACCCCAAUUGGUCAUUAAACCUAAAGAACCUUAGUUUACUAACAGUUUAAAACGGUCCAUGUUAAAAUACUUUAAAAACAAAAAUUCUGGUGUUUAAAAGACAGGAGCCAGUCAAGUAAAGUCAAACACUGUCAGCCCCUCAGUCCUUCCCACAAGACUCUGGGGCCUGAAGCUGUGGGAUAGCUUCUGGGGUUCUGUAGUUCAUAUCUGAUGCAGUCCUGGUCCACGUGACAUGUUUGUGUCUCUUCAUUACAAAUACAAGUUAGUUGAGACCACAUGCUCCUUAUACUAGGAGGGCUUGGGGGCCAAAGGCCUACAUUAUCUCUUAGAAGUGAGCCAGGGUGUGGACUCAGACCCCUCCCUCCGUCCCCCCUCCCCCUCCUCUUCCUCCUCUCGCCUGAGCAUCGCUCAUUUUUUUUUUCUUUUCUUGGUGAUAUGUGAAAAUAGAUGGUGCUUCAAGGCACUUAAGAUCUUUAAUUUGCAUUUUUGUAUUUCACAAAGUUGAAGUGUCCCAUUGUGUUAAAUAUCCUUUCCUUUUCUAUUACCUGACAUUUGUUUGCUGUUUUCAAUCUCCUGGCUCCGUGAUGUCAUUGUGUGCCAGGGAACCCCACAUGUGGCACAGCUCUCCGGGCACUGGGUUGUCCUUGCUGUGGAUGAGCUGUCAGAGCAGCGUUCAUAGCCACCCUCGCCAGCUGAGACCUCUCCCUUCCUUCUCCCGGCUUCUCUCAUUGUACGUGGACUCACUGAGGCUGUGGGAUAGCUUCUGGGGUUCUGUAGUUCAUAUCUGAUGCAGUCCUGGUCCACGUGACAUGUUUGUGCGGCAUUCACCAGCUUCUGAGGUUUGGAGAAAAUAACUCUACACAGAAUCACUUCUGUUCUCAUGUAGAUGUAGGAACAUGCUGACAGCCGGAUUGGGGAACUGAGCUGUCAUCAGGCUAAUUCUCAGCUUCAUGAAGAAAAGCUUAGCUAGGCACACUUAAAAGCCUGAAAAAAAUUAAACCUGCCUCUUAAUCUAAUGUUCCAAAUUUCAGAAGAAAAGUGGGAAACCCUGGGCUCAUGUGGGUUAUCUUAGCGCCCCACCAUCCCUUGCUAUUGCAGAGAAAAAUGUGUGCUCUCUGGCUCCUAAGGUGUGGGGUGCUCACGUUUCCUUUGUCUUAAAUUCAGCCUGUUCUCAGAAGCAGAAGAACCAUAAAGCUUCUCAUGGGCUUCUGCUGAGACACACCCACGUCCUGUACCACGGAUGGAUGGCGUCAUUCUGUCAUAGCCGAAGAGUCCAGGAAGGCAUCCCACCUUCUAGGCAUAACUCAAGGGAAAAAUUUUUUUUAAUGUUUAAAUAAAGAAAUCUACCUCAGUUGACAGGAUCCCACCAACCCUGGGGUCUCUCCGGCUCUUCAGUCUCACCUGUGUGUCACUGGGCGGCACUCUGCUUGCUUGACUAAGCAGGCUAGCGAGGCCCAGCGGAGCAGACGCGCGCCAGUGUCCUGUGAUGACCUCUCUCUAGCAUGUUGCAGUUUUAUAUUUGUUAAGUUGAUAAGUAAUAUGAAUGUAUAGGCAAUUGUGUAUGUUUUCAAAAAGGACAAUGAAAACUUAAAGUGUAGCUUCCAUACUUGUGCAUAAUUCCAAAGUAUCUCAUUUUAUCAGUGUUAAAUAGCUUUUGUACAGCUUCAGCCCAUUUUCCAGACGUGUGCUGUUUUAUACAGGAAGUAACUCAUGUUCUCACAUCUCAUGGAGCUGCGUUUACACAUCGCAACUUUUUAACUUAACGUGUUUUUCAGAAUUAACUUUUUUGGAGGGAGGAAAUUCCCCACUUGCUAAGCGAUACUAACCUGUUGUCUGGGCUCUUACAAAUCAGGUCUUUGGAUUUUAUAAACUAGUCUGUAGCUUUUUAGGUUCUUUCUUCGUUAGUUGGAUGUACAUAGUGAUAUAAAACAGCUCUCAAAUUCUUUUAAACAGCUGACGUUUUCCAUUGAUGCACACUCGGGUAUUAUGUUCACGCAGACUUUCAUCAUUAAAUUGAAAAAGUCCACAGCUUCUCUUAGUUAAUGUGAACCCUUUGUUUUUAUUGUGCUUGGUGGAGAAGAAUACAAUUCUUGCUUAAUUCCAGAAGCCCCCUUUGAAUGUUUUUUUUUUUUAAACGUUAAAAUUUGGUAAACAUCUGGAACAUGUAUUUGCAUUAUUUUUAAAUUUCAGUGUUUAAAAAGGAGAGCAUUCUGGGCUGUGUUGUUAUUGAUCUUUCAUUAAGAGAAAUUGAUAGGAAUGUUUUUUUCAGUUAAUUGAGUGGAUACAACGUCAGUGUGUGGAACUUUUUCCUAAAACAACAUUCAUGUAUUAUUUUGAUCCAUUUCUCUGUGACAUUUGGUGCAAUAAACUUUUUAAAUUUA